GUUCAAACUGCAGCUGAAACGCCCGCCGCCUUUUUUGAGCCAGCAUGAUCGGCGCCCGCGCCGUGCCCGUGCUGCUCGUCGCCGUCGCGUGUAUAAGUGUGCCGUACCGCCUGAGUGUCUACGGCCCCGCCACGUCUGUGGUGCCCAAACGACGGGGCGUGCGGCUCCUACACCUGCUCUGCGUCCUGCAAUGCCUCCUGCUGCCAUGCAUUGUGCUCAUUAGCGACGUCUCGCCUUGCUGGGUGGGCUACGUCACGCAGUUCCUCCUCCCGGCGAUCACAAGUUCGAUCUUUCUCGUUGCUGAGACGUCCAUCGUCCUCUUGCGUGCGUUCACGCACGGUCUGCUCGUGUACAAAGAUCCACCGCUGACGUCAUCGCCGACGCAAACGCUUCGGUUUCUGCAGCGAGCUAUUGCACCGCCCGUGUGUCCGACAGUCGCCAGCGUGCUGGCCCUCGCCUCGCUCGCACCGUACGUUGCACUGCACGCGUCCGUGCCCCCGCUGUGCCUCAAUACGUGUCAAUCGACUGAUGCUUUUCAGACGCUUCGGGCAGUACAAGUCGGCCAUGCCACCAUAUGGGGUCUCUUGGCAGGUGUGCUCGCCCGGUACCACCGCCGAGAGCGCGCUGCGUUUGCCGUCACGUUGCUCGGCCUCCUUGGCACGUACCUCUGCCUCGUGUUGUCGUUGGUGAUUCCAUCACUGGUCACGUACCAUGUCGGCGAUGCCGGCAUUUUGUGGCUGCACUUUCUCACAUUGCACAUUGGCUUUCCAACGGCAUCACUUAGCCAGCGGCAUGCGGCGCCCAAGGUGCGCACGUUUCGAUUGCGGUCGCACUCGAUCGUCGACGACCCAUUUUCUACCGUGCAGCUCGAGGAUCUGCAGAGCUUCCUGCUCCACUCCGUGCACUUUGACCAGUUUCUCGCCCACGCGGUGGUAAUGCAGCGAGUGACCGAGCUCCUUACGUGGCAUCUCGUGCAGCAUUACAAGGCCAAGCGCGUCUCGAUCGACGUUGUUUACACCCUCUGCUUGGCACCGCACGGAGUCCUUGCAUCGCAGGCGGCGUCCGCGCUCGGUCCUCGCAUCGCGGCUUUUGUGAACAAACCACAUAGCGACAUUGCCGACCGGCUCCUCGAUACGCUUCUCGAUAAGCUGCUGCGAGUGCUCAUCAACGACGUUCUCCCAAGCUACCGUGACAGCAGCCCGACAUGGGACACAUACUUGCACCGAUCCAACAUUUUGCGCGACUGCACCCAGCCAGGGGGAUCGCAAAUCCCCGAGAGCAUCUCGGCCACGGCGCUGCGUGCAACGAGCGAUCUAGAGAGCGGCGGUCGAGCGGUCUCGAGCGAUCGAAGCGGGUCGGCGCGUCGCGCGGCCAGCAUUCUAUCGCCAGCGUCGCUCGGCCUCAGCACCUCGUCACGGCCGCGCCCCCCCGAGCGCCAAGGCACAUUCUCGACACGCUCCAUCAUGCUAACGCCGUGACCGUCAAUUAAACCACGUGUCCCAUCCUGCGGUUGUACAGUGAUGUAAUUUUGAACAAAGACUCCGAAUUGGUUGGACUUGGCCA